AUGUUUGCCGGGUUCGAGCUUUGGUCCGGUGGCUUGAUACAGCACGUACCGAAGCCGCGCCGCUUUCGAUCGAGUCGAGGCUGUCUUGCUUGCCGCCGCAUCAAGAAGAAAUGCGACGAGCAGAAACCCGUAUGCGGGAGCUGCCAGCGCCGGGGGCGGCAGACGUGCGAAUGGCCAGAGUCGUUUGCAGAACCGCCAUCGUCACAAACCACACCACCAUCAGGAGCCGCAGCGCAGUGCCAUGCCCGCAUCUCGACGGGCGUCGUGGCUGCGUCCUGCGAUGUCAAUCAUGAUGUUCAACCAGAGAGCGCAGUAGUAGGAGAAUACGGCGCACCAAGCGCCUCCCUCGGUCCCUCUCUUCUCACAUCGAUGCGGCCUAGCGUUUGUGCUGUAUUGCCGCAGUCCGACUCGAUGAAAUGGCUGUCCGAGAGCCACAGAUGGGAGAUGCUGCAGCGCGCGAACCGGGCUAUACACGGCGCAUACAUUGACGACCAUUACUCCAUUUUGGUCCCUGCGUUCCCCACGCUGGUCGAGUCUUCGUCGUACACCAACGCCUGGCUCGCCCUCGGAGCGGUGCUCCUGGCGAAGCAUCUUCCACCAGACAGCCAGCUAGCUCAGGUGGCGAUACAUUGCCACACGAAAGCGAUACAUGGGCUGCUUGAGCACCUGCGCGUAUGCAAAGUGCCUGCUCAAUGGGCCGUGUCAACUUUGGUGCUGCUGCACAUAUUCGAGCGAUACGGAGACACAUGCCAGGCGCCGUCGGAUGCCCACGCCAAGUCGAUUCGCACAGUCUUCCUUCAACGCUACAACGAACAUCCUCCAUCGACUACUGCUCAGCUGCUGCAACUCUCGAGUUUGAUUUAUCGUGUUGCCGUCAUCAACAUGUUUCGCCCACUCUCCAACGACGACCCAGCCGAUUACCACUGCUUGGACGAGCAUGUCGCCAUCUGGUCUUCAUCACGAGCAUCCACGGGAUUAUGGCAGCACAGUUUAUGGAUCGGUCUAACACCCGAGGUGUUCAACUUGAUGUUUAAAUUAUCGACACUAGUUCGCCUGGCGCCCUUGACCGAGUCGUGGCUUUCGAAGCUUGAUCAGCUUGAAGGCGAGAUAUCCGACCGUGACGUUGAUCCAGCAUUGUCGUCCCUGGCAGAGAGGAAAGACGACGGCAGUAAAGAAAGCAGCAUAUUGUCGUUGGCAGAGCAAUCUGACAUUGCACAUGGAUUAUAUUACUGCGCGUUUCGUAUUCUUGUUAUAAGAAUACGUGCUUUUACCUCGGGCCGUCCAGACGAAGGUGCUCAGCAGCUCACAUACCAUGGCAUCCAGGCGCUGCAUAAGCUCAUCCAAGCCAACUUUGCAUCCAUGACUCUCCUAUGGCCAGCAAUAAUUAUUAGCCUCGACGCGAGAAAGGCCGAGGAACAAUCUAUAUCGACAUCGUUUCUCUCGCGCCUCGAAAGUCCCGGCGGAGCACGAUCCAUCGCAUCUGUGCGGCGACUGCUUGGAGUCGCCUGGGAGCUCCACGACGGCAACAUGCUUGGGAGUGAUGUGCUGUUUCAACACGAGUUGACGGCUAAUGUCUUUUUAUGA